AUGAGUAUGAUGAUUAUGAAGGCUCAACUAUAAUUAAAGAACAUCAAGAAGAUUUAGCUAAAAUGAAUCUGAAAGUAAUUAAAAACCCAAAAUUAGCUGAAGAAGGCCUAAAAGUAGUUAAAAAUCAUCAAGAAGUGAAAUCAAAAAUCUCUUGA